UCUACCAGGCAUCAAUAUUUAGACAUCUUGCAUUUACCUUAUAUUUAUUAUAUUAUCGAAAUUUCAGCUUCUCAUUUCUUCUGCAAGGCUCAUGAAUGAUAUUCUUACCAUCACAAAUAAAAUGGUGUUAACCAAAACUCUUGAACGAGCAAAACAAAACAAAAGGUCAUUCUUUUCUUGGGUUGCCUGCUCAAGUAUUGUUAUUGUGAAGAACAAGAAUUACGGUUAGAUAAAAAAUAAUAUCGAUUGAGAUACAUAAUUUUGUUAUGAAUGAUCGCAUUACCAAACAUUCACGAUCCUUCUUCCUCUUUCUCACCUAUAGGGGCGUAGUCACAAAAGACCCAAAGAUUCACUAUCUUUCUUCCCUUUCCUUUUAGACUCUUCAUCCUUACAAUGAUUUUUGAUCUGAUAUUAUCAUCUGCAGAAGACUCAAACUUUGUCUUCCAGUGUGUACUUUUGAUGACGGGUGACAAUUUUUGCAAAUCAAUUUUACAACUUUAAUUGAGAUGUAGUUUUGAAAUUUUGAUUCCCUAAAUUCAAAUUUCCUAGAGUUCCUUGUAUUUAGGUUAUUAUUAAGGAUUUCCUUUUGUCACACACUAUGCUCUAGAUAAUUUCUCUCUUGAUAGAAUAUAUACGUAAUGCAACACAUGCAAUUGAAACUUCAAAGAAUCGUAAUAUUUAGUUUUGUUCUAAAAACACAUGGACACAACAAAAGCCGAGAAUAUUUGUUCAUUUAAUUAAUUUUUUUUCAAGCUUUAUCUUCUUGUAACUUUGCACUCGUGCCAAUUUCAUGAUAAACUCAAUCAACCACACAACUUUCUGUUGUCCUUUCUCCCUCAAUUUGGAAUCAUUUGUAAGUUUUAACCUAAAAAGCACAUGCAAACAAAAUAUCUAGUUUUGAAAUAAUAUUACAACUUACUAGCCAUACUUUGUAAAACAAACUUAAUAAAUACAAAUUUGUUACGUGGUGGAAGUUAAUUAGUUAAUAAAGAAAAGCUGAUAACAGAAUAAAUGGUAGCUGGUAACUAAUUAACAUCCAUGUAACAAACAACAAACUUGUAUUCAGUAAGUUUGUUUUAAAAAGAAUGGCUAAUAAAACUAACGUAUGGUUGUGCUUGCUAUAUAGCCAACUUAAAUGACAUACCAAAGAAACAAAAUAUUUAAACUUGUUAGACAGACCCUUAUAAAAACAUGUUUAUUCGGCCAUGAUAAGAUGUCGGAGAGAAGAGACAAAGACCCUUGUUUUAGAAAACAAUUUUUAAGAUUUCCACAUCAAUUGCUAAACUAAAAGACAAGAAAAAAUAAACAUUUAAACAAGUUGUUCACAAUAACCUUAAAACCCAAGCCACCUAAACAUUUUUUAAUCCAUAUUUAAUACUAGUAGUAGUUUUAUUAAAUGAAAUAAGCAACAAACACUGAAAUCAAGAGAAAGUGAAUCAUAGAGAGAAGGAGAGCGAUAGAAAUGGCAUCAAACUAUUUUUACAAGGAUGUGCUUCCAUUGACUGCAAUGGUUGCAAUGGAGUUCACAAACGUUGGUGUUAGUGUUCUAUUCAAAGCAGCCACUCAAAAGGGAUUGAGUUUCUAUGUCUUCAUUGCUUAUUCAUAUGUUGUCUCCACUCUUGUUCUUCUUUUGCCUCUCCCCUUCUUCUUCAAACGGUCAAGAGGGCUUCCCCCUUUGAACGUCUCUCUAAUCUUCAGAAUCUUUCUCCUUGGAGUUUUGGGAGUUGUGGCUCAGCUAUUUGGAUAUAAAGGACUUGAAUACACAACACCUACUCUUGCUUCUGCUCUUGCCAACCUUAUACCUGCUUUUACAUUCAUCCUAGCUAUCUUUUUCAGGAUGGAGAACAUAAUUAUAAGACGCAAAAGCAGUCAAGCCAAAAUAUUAGGUUCUACGGUAUCAAUAUUAGGUGCACUCGUAGUUGUACUUUAUAAGGGUCCAAUGAUUAUAUCUUCACCAACAACAAAGCCACUGCAUACUAUUGUUUCUCCAAUAAAUCUAACAACACAAUCAAAUUGGAUUAUCGGUGGAUCUCUACUUGUUAUUGAGUUUCUCAUUAUUCCAAUCUGGUACAUUGUUCAGACAAAUGUCAUCAAACAAUAUCCAUCAGAGAUUAUUGUGGUCUUUUUGUAUAACCUAUGUGGAGCACUAGUGUCUGUUCCAGUAUGCUUACUGCUAGAACCAAACUUGAGUGCAUGGAAAAUAAAUCCCGAUAUCGAGUUGAUCUCCGUUAUAUACUCGGGAAUUUUCUGCACUGGACUAAGUAGUCUUGUUCACACUUGGGGACUCCAUGUUAAAGGCCCUUUAUAUAUAUCAAUGUUUAAGCCAUUGUCAAUAGCUAUUGCUGCAUGUAUGAGUGCUAUAUUCCUUGGUGAUGCACUCUAUUUUGGAACUGUUGUUGGAGCAGUAGUAAUAUCGAUUGGAUUUUAUGCUGUUUUAUGGGGAAAAUCCAAAGAAGAAUUGAAUGAUGAUUUUGACACAAAUAAAGUUCCAGAUUCAUACAAUGCCAAAACUCCUUUGUUGAAAGGCUAAAAUGUAGAGAAAGUUGGAUUUAUAAUAUUGUAAAAUAAUUUUAUACUAUCAAUCAAUAACUAUCAUGUAUUCUGUCACGUCAGACUGUAAUUUUUAAGCUAAUGAUAUAAUAUGAUAAAUUGAUGAAUUCCUAUUGAAUGACGGUAUAAAAUUAUUUUAUA